GUGUUAAGAUUUCCCUUCACUGGAACUAAGUUGCCUAGCCCAAACCAUGAAAAACAGCCCCAGACCAUUAUUGCUUCACCAAACUUUACAGUUGGCACUAUUCAUUGGGGCGUUCUCCUGGCAUCUGCCAAACCCAGAUUUGUCAGAGGGACUGCCAGUAAAGUGUGAUUCAUUACUCCGGAGAACGAGUUUCCACUGCUCCAGAGUCCAAUGAUGGAGAGCUUUACACCACUCCAGCCAACGAUUAGCAUUGCACAUGGUGAUCUUAGGCUUGUGUGCAGCUGCUCAGCCAUUGAAACACAUUUCUUGAACAGUUCUUCUGCUGGAGUUGCUUCCAGAGGCAGUUUGGAACUGGGUUGUGAGUGAACAGAACAGAUUAUUUUUACGCACUACACGUUUCAGCACUCGGCGGUCCCGUUCUGUGAGCUUCUGUGGCCUACCACUUCACGGCUGUUUCCACUUCACAUUAACAGCACUUGACCGGGGCAGCUCUAGCUUUGAAGAAAUUUGACAAAAUUACUUGUUGGAAAGGUGGCAUUGCUAUGAGGUACUACAUUGAAAGACACUGAGCUCUUCUGUAAGGCCAUUCUGCUGCCGAUGUUUGUCUAUGGAGAUUUUAUACAUCAAAUUUAUACACCUGUCAGCAACAGGUGUGUGCGAUAUAGCCGAAUCCACUGAUUUGAAAGGGUGUCCACAUACUUUUGUAUAUAUAGUGUAUUUUAGUACUGUUGCAAUUUUGUGUGUUGCAGGGACUCAUUGUAAUAUUUUGUCUUACCAGUGUGUCAUUCAGUGUAUUACCAAUGAUAGACAUCUUUUAUACAUUUUACAGAACAAAUUGCCAAAUCUCUGGUAAGUUAUGUGUCAAAUGUACAGUUUUCAUUGGUUGGCAAUUGUGGUGACAAUAAUACAUUGGUUUGCUUGCAGCCAACAGUAGCCUGUAUGUCUGUAUUCUGUAUCUCACAUCGGUCGGGGAGGCUGUGAUGUGCGUAAAUUGAUGAGAUUUACUUUGAGCAUUCAUAUUCCUGCUGGUCUUUGAAUGUGCUGUUGCUCAUACCAGAUACGAAUCAUAUUUGUAGAUAUUUGCGUUUAUUCUCAAUACUUUCCUGCGACAGACCCGCUUGCUUUGGAGUCGUCGACGCCUCAACAGUUAACGGGAUGCCGGAGCAGUGACAAAUGGUUGGCUCAGGCUCCCCAUGAAUUCGCUUCUCAGGUGAAAGCACGACAGAAGACCGUUCAGCCGCAGUUGGCCUUCUGCUGGGGUGAAGGUGACUCGUUUCGCCGCUGAGGAGAGAGAUGCAGAGAAGAAGCUGCGAGCCGUCCACUACUUGCUGUCGUCCUGCAAGCUGAACAUACGAAUAUUAUAGAUAGGCUGGCCGUGGGAUUUUAUCAGUGACUGUGUAUGCAUGUGUUCUGCACCGAACGGGCGCAUUAACCGCCCCAGAUCCGCAGCGAACAUUUUCCAGCUCGGCAAACCACCGCAGAGGGACCCCGAGCGCCGGGAGAGCACCGAGAGCGCGCGGAAAGCCCAGCGGGCCGUAGGCGACUGUAGGAUGGUCAUCUCUAUUGGGGAGAUUUCUGCCGAUUGUCCCUCUUUACGGGCCGUGCUGCACCGUACCAGGACCAAAGGAUGCGCUAUGGCCCAAGCUGCCCAUCAGAACCUCACCGUGAUAUCUGGGUCUGGGCCAGAGGAUGGGGAGAUCCACCCAGAGAUCUGCCGGCUCUUCAUCCAGCUGCAGUGCUGCCUGGAGAUGUUCAUCACGGAGAUGCUCAAGUCCAUGUGUCUAUUGGGGGUACUGCAGCUCCACAGGAAAGGAAAGGAUUCAUACCCGGAGCCCAGGCUGGACUUCAAGAUGGAUGAGAGUUCUGAUGUACCCAUCCUGGAGGAGCGCUCCUCCUCACCUGUGGACUACCAACAUGAGUCCUGGCUGGUGUGCACCGAUAUUGAAAACAUAGAGAGGGACAUGCGAGAGAUGAGAAACCUACUCAGCAAACUCAGGGAGACCAUGCCUUUACCACUAAAAAACCAAGAUGACAGCAGUCUGCUGAAUCUCACUCAAUACCCGCUAGUCAGGCAGAGGAAGAGGCGCUUCUCUGGGUUCUGCUGCCUGGUGUCUGGCUGAGUCAGUCGGGUCCUGCAGGCAGCAGCAAGGGCAGCACACCAACCCUACACAACACCUUACAUGUUAUUACUGCCAUUUGGGGAAGGAACUUUCUGAUCAGUCUGUCUUUAUUUUGUAAUAUGAUUAUAUGUAGAAAAAGCUAUUCAAAUAUAAUGUUACAAACAUGCAUAUUUUGCUAUUAUAUUAUUCAAGCUGUCUCUCUUUGUAGAAAAGGAGGACCCUUAGGUCUAUAGACGAGCACAAACGGAUGUGCCAAACUGAUGCCAUGAGAGAUGCAUUAUGUUGGUAGACAGCUUUGCCUAAUCUUUGCCUUCAGACAUCUUCCUCAGAAUGUCAUUAUAUUUCUUCACUGUGCGAUGCUUCUUUUGCAGUCUUCCAUGAAAAGGAAAUCUGUCUCCAACUUACUUUUUCCAUCACAAGGGCUUUGCAAUGCUCCAUAUCAAAAACAUUUCUCAUUUCAUGUAAAUACAGUAUAUAAAUGGUGGUAAAUGUUUUGUAUGAAACUUUCUUUGAAUAAUGUAACUAUAGAUUAUCUAAAGAUUGAAUGUCUAAAUCGUUUGCAUUGAUUUAUUUUGAUGUCUUGGCCGAAAGUGUACAGCAUGAAUAUUGCUAUUUGUACUGUGGUAGAUGUGUAGUGUAUAGAUGUUGUGCUAUAGAUUGUUGUACGGCUGACAGUAUGUAUAGGCCAUUUUAUAAUGUGAAUAAACUUUUUGUAUUUAAAUAA